AUGGACGAGCGGACGGAGGACGGGAGGACAGGGCUGCAUGUAGCGGGGAUGCUGGGGAGGGCGGGGAGCGUGAGGGAGCUGAUGGAGGCAGGAGCAGAGGUAGGAGCGAAGGACAAGGCAGGGAAGACGAUAGUGCACUGGGCGGGGGAGUAUGGGCACAUGGAGGUGCUGAAGACGGUAGAGGAACAAUGCGGGAAAGAGACUCUGAGGACCAUGAUGAUGGAGAAGGACAAUGACGGCAAGACAUGCGCGCACUUGGCGAGUGCGGGAGGGCACUUGGAGGUGCUGCGGUAUGUUGGGGAGGAGGUGCUGAGGAAGAAGGCUAAUGACGGCAGGACAUGCGCGCACUAUGCGAGUCAGGGAGGGCACAUGGAGGUAGUGCGGUAUGCUAUAGAGACAUGCGGGGAGGAGGUGCUGAGGGAGAAGGACAAUGACGGCUUGACAUGCGCGCACUAUGCGAGUGAGGGAGGGCACAUGGAGGUGCUGCGGUAUGUUGUAGAGACAUGCGGGGAGGAGGUGCUGAGGGAGAAGGCCAAGGACGGCAGGACAUGCGCGCAUGUGGCAAGUGAGGGAGGGCACAUGGAGGUAGUGCGGUAUGCUGUAGGGACAUGCGGGGAAGGGCUUAUCAGGGAGAAGGACAAGGGCGGCUGGACAUGCGCGCACUAUGCGAGUGAGAGAGGGCACUUGGAGGUGGUGCGGUAUGUUGGGGAGACAUGCGGGGAGGAGCUGCUGAGGGAGAAGGACAAGGGCGGCUGGACAUGCGCACACAUGGCGUGUAUGGGAGGUCACUUGGAGGUAGUGCGGUAUGCUGUAGAGACAUGCGGGGAGGAGGUGCUGAGGGAGAAGGCCAAUGACGGCAUGACAUGCGCGCACUGGGCGAGUGACGCUGGGCACAUGGAGGUGCUGCGGUAUGUUGUAGAGACAUGCGGGGAGGAGCUGCUGAGGGAGAAGGACAACAACGGCGCGACUUGUUUUACUUUGGCUUUUAAGUCAGAUGUCAAGGAUUAUCUUAGAGGUUUAGGUAUCGACUAG